GAAGCAGUGUAUUACUCGUCCACGGCAGCUUGACAACUGUACCAGGGAGCCAGGCAGCCGUGAGGGAUCCUCUUGUGGUGUUUUGGUCCACUGGAGCCCACUAACAAAAAUGACAGCAAGGAAGUCUGGCUCACGACUGGAGACUGAGAUAGAGCGGUGCCGUUCAGAGAGUCAGUGGGACAAGAUACCGGAAUUAGUACGACAGCUUUCGGCCAAACUAAUAUCAAACGAUGACCUAGGAGAGUUGUUGCUGGGGGAAUGCAAGCUUCAGACGUACCUGAAGGAGAACCCCAUCAAACAGGGAGCCAGUCCCAGGGGCCAACGACCUAAACUGGUGGAGGUUAGGAAACACCUCACUGCAGCUCUGGACAGAGGAAACCUCAAGGCCGAUUACCUCCAGGAAGCCAGCCUUUUGAUGGCCAAACUUUGCUAUGUGGAGGGAGAAUACACAGACGCUUUAGGUCACUACAGCAGGGUGAACUUGGAUGACAUGCAACUGGGGGGGGCUCCUGUGUAUAGGCUGUCCAUGAUAGCAGAGGCAUACGCUACCAAAGGGCUGUGCCUAGAGAAGGUCCCAGCUGCCUCUCCAUCUCUAUCCAAUAAGAACUCUGGCUCCCCAUUGUCCAAUAAGAGCACAACAGACCGGGAGCAGGAAAUCAUUACCUGCUAUGAAAAGUCUGGUGACAUUGCUCUGCUCUACCUGCAGGAAGCUGAGAAGGCGUUGUCAGCAGGAAUUCAGAACCGCAGCCCAAAGCCUGGCCCGGCUGCUCAGGACUUGGAACUGGGCUACUUCCUGGAGACAGGCCUACAGAGAGCUCACGUCAUCCACUUCAAGAACGGCAACCUGACACGAGGCGUGGGCCGGUUUCGGGAGAUUCUUCGGGCUGUUGAGAACAGAACCACCCAGAGCUUGCGCAUGACCAUAGCCAGACAGCUUGCAGAGAUCUUGCUCAGGGGAAUGUGUGAACAGAGUUACUGGUCUCCUCUGGAAGACCCACCUACUGUGUCACCAUUGGAUGAUCCCACACGGCAAGGACACACUCUCACCAAGAACUACAGCCUAAGCCGACGCCCACGGGUGUACUCGGGAGAGAAUCUGUUUUGCCCUCAGGAGAACACAGAGGAAGCUUUGCUGCUGCUGCUCAUUAGUGAAUCCAUGGCUAACCGUGAUGCUGUCCUGAGCAGAAUUCCCGAACACAACAAUGAUCGUAUUAUUAGCCUGCAGUCGGCCUCUGUGGUGUAUGACCUGCUGACUAUAGCUCUGGGCAGGAGAGGGCAGUAUGAGAUGCUGUCAGAGUGUUUAGAGAGAGCCAUGAAGUUUGCCUUUGAGGAGUUCCACUUGUGGUACCAGCUCGCCCUGUCACUAAUGGCAGCUGGGAAAUCAGCUCGUGCCGUUAAGGUCCUUAAGGAGUGUAUUCGUCUGAAGCCUGACGACCCCACCAUCCCACUGCUGGCUGUUAAGCUGUGUAUCGGACCUCUGCACUGGUUGGAUGAGGGGGAGUGCUUUGCUAAGAUGGUGAUUGACAUGGGGGAGAAAGCAGCUGAGUUCAGAGCCAAAGGCUUCUUGGCCAUCGGGCUGGUUUACAGCCUCAAAGCCACUGACGCAUCAUUGCGAAGCACACAGGAGGAGUACCAGAGGAAAGCUUUGGGAGCCUUCCAGAGAGCUCAGAGUCUGUCUCCUACUGAUCAUCUAGCAGCCUUCUACUUAGCACUUCAGCUUGCUGUGUCCAGACAGAUCCCCGAGGCACUAGGUUAUGUACGACAGGCGUUGCAGCUUCAAGGGGAUGAUGUCCACUCCCUUCAUCUGCUGGCCCUGCUGCUCUCUGCUCAGAAACACUACCACGACGCUCUGAAUAUUAUAGAGAUGGCUCUUUCCGAGUACCCUGAGAACUUCAAUCUGCUGUAUACCAAGGUGAAGUUGGAAUCGAUGUGUAGAGGACCGGAAGACGCUCUGCUCACUUGUAAACACAUGCUGCAGAUCUGGAAGAGUUUUUACAACCUUACCAAUCCCAGUGAUUCUGGGCGUGGCAGCAGUCUGUUGGACCGAGCCAUAGCAGACAGACGACAGCUCAACGCCAUGACUCUGCCUGACUUCAGUGACCCAGAGACUGUCUCAGGUUCUUCCUCUUCUCACUCUGGUUUUGAACCCGUCUCCCCCAUCUCCCCUGUCUCCCCCUCCUCCCCAUCCACCAUUUCCACCCUCUCCUCUCCACUGUCCUCUCCUUCUUCCCCUGUCUUCAUCCUCCAGCCUCCUCCUCUCCCUCCACAAAAACCCCCAUCUUCCUUCCCUCUUCCUCCUCCACCUCUUCAUCCUCCUCUUCCUCCUCCUCCUGCGCCCACCAAGACCAGGACUCACUCCUUUUGCAACCACGCCACUCUCCGCCAGCUCUCCUCCAAUUGCGGCCUUCAGGAAGCUAACACUCUUGGUUUUUCCUCCAUGUUUUCUGUUUGUUCAGUUCAUGCUACAUCUAUCGCUGCCAGUCGAGUAGAGCAGGCUCUGUCUGAGGUAGCCUCCUCUCUGCAGAGCAGUGCCCCCAAACAUGGACCCCUGCACCCCUGGAUGACACUUGCUCAGAUCUGGCUGCAUGCAGCCGAGGUGUACACUGGAAUGUCGAAACCAGCAGAGGCCACGGCCUGCACGCAGGAAGCCUCUAACCUUUUCCCCACAUCCCACAAUGUGCUGUACAUGAGGGGGCAGAUAGCUGAACUGAGGGGCAACAUAGACGAGGCCAAACGCUGGUAUGAAGAGGCCUUGUCCAUAAACCCAACGCAUGUCAAGACCAUGCAGAGACUGGGUCUGAUUCUUCACCAGCUGCAGCGCUACAGUCUGUCGGAAAAGGUUCUGAGGGACGCUGUUCAGGUCAACAGGUGUGUGUGUGUGUGUGUGUGUGCUCUGUUGCCUAGCAACAGACUCAUCUGCAGACAGACAUUCUUGGACGAUCUUAAGUCCUUGUGA